CUUCUCUCGGAGUGUUAGGGAAAGUGUUUUCGUAUUAGUCUCAAACGCCUGUACGGAGGAGUGAGAACAUAAACCUCUCACACCAGUAGGAAACCCCAGGAGUGGAAUUAGAGGUCUGGACUGGCUCACAUUCAGAGGGCACCCCAAACGCUGGAUAGACGUAUCCAGUUCAGUGAGGCAAACUCUGUCGUGGCUCCGUUAUGCCUGUGAAGAAAAAGAGAAAGUCCUCUGGAUCUGACGAUUCUGCCAUCAAAAAGUGUAAAAUUACCAGUUACUGCAGGACUCAAACUCAUGGACGGCAGAUAAGCCCAGAAGAUCAGUUCUCCAGCAAGAAAUGUCUCUCCUGGUUUUACGAAUAUGCAGGGCCAGAUGAAGUGGUGGGACCAGAGGGCAUGGAGAAGUUUUGUGAGGACAUCGGAGUCGAGCCAGAGAAUAUUAUUAUGCUAGUCUUAGCCUGGAAAUUAGAAGCACCAAAUAUGGGAUUUUUCACAAAAGAGGAAUGGUUAAAGGGAAUGACUUCACUACAGUGUGAUUGUACAGAAAGGUUACAGGCCAAACUGGAUUACCUGCGCUCCCAGCUGAACGACGCUGCUGUGUUUAAGAACAUCUACAGAUACGCCUUUGACUUUGCCAGGGAUAAGGACCAGAGGAGUCUUGACAUGGACACAGCAAAGUCAAUGCUAGCAUUACUGUUGGGACGCACAUGGCCUCUGUUCCCAGUCUUUCACCAGUUUUUGGAGCAAUCCAAAUAUAAGGUUAUGAACAAAGAUCAGUGGUACAACGUGUUAGAAUUCAGUCGCACUGUGAAUGCAGACCUCAGUAACUACGACGUGGACGGAGCCUGGCCAGUCAUGCUGGAUGAGUUUGUCGAGUGGCAGAAAGCCAGGUCAUUGUUAUAGCAGAAGACAAGGAUGCUGAAAGAAAGCGCUAGAAAGAAGCACAGGUUCUCCCUAUGUUUCCAAAAAAAAAAAAAAAAGAAAAAAAGAAGGAGAAAAAAAAACAAAAACAACAACCCCAAAAACAAAGAGAACAGCAUAUACCAUGAACUGCCUCAAUGCAUCCUGGGCCAGUGGACGUGGAAUCGCUACAGAGACUUUUACAGUGUUAAUUUAAUUAAAAAAACAAACAACAAAAGAGCAAAACAAACUAGUAACACACAAUAGGGGGAACUAUUUUUUCACGUGUUUUACAUCUGUUGCGACAGUUACAUAGCCAAUGUUGUAAGACCUGCUGGGAAAUUCAUCUGUUUCUGUAAUAUUUUUUUCCUUUUCAUUUUUGAGUCUUACCUUGUUUAUAGUGUUUUGA